AUGAACAAGAUACUCUUUAUUCUUGUCAUAAAUGUCCUAUUACCAAUGACGAGUACCGCUCGUUGUGCCUAUGGUUGUUCCUGUUAUGAUGAUAGUACUUGUGAUUAUUACUGUACGAAUAAUAUGUGUGAAAAUCUGAAGUCAUUAGGACAAAAAUGUUCAGGAUAUUAUAUUCAUCCUCGAGAAUGUGGACCUACAUCGUAUUGUGACACGAACUCGGAUUACACAUGCCAAUCACAGAAAAGUUAUGGUGAAUAUUGUACAUACGAUUACUCAUGUGCAUCUGGCAACUGUGAUUAUACCGCAAACAUAUGCCAAUCUAAACGAAUGAAUUUGUUGUACUUAAUUGUUAUACCAAGUGUAACUGUGUUUUUUAUUGUUUUAAUUAUUGUCAUAUCAGUUGUCAUACGUCGACGAAGAAUCCGUAAAUUGACAUUCUAUCAAGCUCCUCGUGUAAUUUUAUUACCAGGUACUUCGAGAAGUUCCGUAUCAAAGUGUGUCAGAUUAAAUUUUGAAAAACGCUAUGUAAUCUGA